AUGUCUCCUAAAUGUUUCCUCCUCCGAACUCUCCUAAAAAACUCUCACUUUGGAAUGUCAGUAUGGUAUGACCUACCGACAGAACACGAAGCCUUUCUCAAAACGGCAAACAUUAAACUAAAAGGCAAAAACGAGACACGUGUCAAGGCAGACAUAAGGAAGUCAGACACCGUCAAGGGACACAUCAGAAAGUCAGACACCGUCAAGGGACACAUCAGGAAGUCAGACACCGUCAAGGGACACAUAAGGCAGUCAGACACCAUCAAGGGACACAUCAGAAAGUCAGACACCGUCAAGGGACACAUCAGAAAGUCAGACACCAUCAAAGGACACAUCAGAAAGUCAGACACCGUCAAGGGACACAUCAGAAAGUCAGACACCGUCAUGGGACACAUCAGGAAGGGAGACAGCGUCAAGCGACACAUAAGGCAGUCAGACACCGUCAAGGGACACAUCAGGAAGGGAAACAUCGUCAGGCGACACAUAAGGCAGUCAGACACCGUCAAGGGACACAUCAGAAAGUCAGACACCGUCAAGGGACACAUCAGGAAGUCAGACACCGUCAAUGGACACGUAGGGAAGUCAGACACCGUCAAGGGACACAUCAGGAAGUCAGACACCAUCAAGGGACACAUCAGGAAGUCAGACACCGUCAAGGGACACAUCAGGAAGCGAGACACAGUCAAGCGACACAUAAGGCAGUCAGACACCGUCAAGGGACACAUAAGGAAGUCAGACACCGUCAAAGGACACAUAUGGAAGUCAGACACCGUCAAGGGACACAUAAGAAAGUCAGACACCAUCAAAGGACACAUCAGGAAGGGAAACACCGUCAAAGGACACAUCAGGAAGGGAGACACCGUCAAGGGACACAUCAGGAAUGGAGACACAGUCAAGGGACACAUCAGGAAGGCAGACACCGUCAAGGGACACAUCAGGAAGUCAGACACCAUCAAGGGACACAUCAGGAAGUCAGAUACCGUCAGGGGACACAUAAGGGAGUCAGACACCGUCAAGGGACACAUCAGGAAAUCUGACACCGUCAAGGGACACAUAAGGAAGGGAGACAUCGUCAAGGGACAUAUAAGGAAGUGA